UUUUGUCACUUUGUAAGGAGCCAUAAACCCGGAAGAAAUCUUGACCCUAGUUUUUAUCGCAAUUUAAGCUGAACCUGCAAAGUUUGUAUAUUUAUUGUUGUGUGUGUGAUGGAGAGUUGUAGUAUAUGUAGUGUAGUGUGGCAAUGCAAUUUGUCCUUGGAUUGAAUACUAUUCGCUACUAAACACAAAAAGCACGAUGGAAGAGAUGAAAGUGUGAGGAAUACGAAACAACGUGUUUAUCUAUAUAGGGAAUUGCCGAAAUAUAGUAAUAUCACUUUAGUUAGAUCGGAAGCAACAAAUACAACUGGUGGGUGGGAAAAAGGUUAUCUGCUGCAUGGUGCCUGCCCUCGAAGAAGGAUCAUGAGUCGAAUCGUAUAAAACAAAUUCGGGAAAACCAUUUUGCAAACCUUGUCCUGUUUGAACAACUUCACCAAUUGAGAUUUCGCCGAAGACAUGUCCAAUUUGCCUUUAGAAACCCCUACUACUGCUCCUGCACCCGUUGUGUAUGCGAGAAAAUCACAGCCAAUUUUGAGGCCAGAUCCGCAGAUAGAUAUCGGGCCCUUGGCAGCAGAGACGGUCGCGGAUGAUUCAUCAACACUAAAAUUUGUUCCACUAACUCCCGUACAAGCUGAAGCAACUCCGAAACUACAAGGUCCAUCUGUUGCGGGGACAAGUCAAGAGGAAGGCGAAACAGAUUCUAGAAUUUUGAAUGCUGCAUUAACCGCCCUUCAAAGUAUCCAUUCCGUUGUGGGGAAUGAAUCCUCUAAACCAUCUAACCGUGUUCUUCACCUUGAAAGUAAACCCCUUGUAGCUGAUAAUAAUGUAGGGCUAGCAAAUCACGGUUCCAGGGGAGGAGAGAUUCCAUUGAUUCCAAAUUCCUUGGCGAGACGUAGUAUUCCUCCCAAGAAGCAGCAACGAUUUAGCUGUCCUAAUUGUCAAAAAACAUUUAUAAAUGAAGUAUCUCUUGAUGCUCAUGUUUGCAAUCAAUCUGCCCAAAAUAGCAAAACACCCAAGAGUGAAAUCAUUAAUAAAGUAGGAAAAAGAAAAAUUAGUCAAGCAGGAAGGAAACCAAAAAUGUCUGAUUCUUAUCCAAAUUUGCCAUCUCCAAGCCAAGUAGAACGUGGACUUCCAUUGAAGAAAAGAGGACGCCCAGUUAAACACGCACUGUUCGUCCCCAGUACUGCUAAAGCUCAGCCCCAGAAGCAGCAACUCACAUCAGUUAUUACUAACGUGACGACUCCGACUCAUAAUUCGAAUCCUCAAACAGCCCCUGUUCCAAACGGAAUUAAUAAGGCAAAUGUUGAACAAUCAGGUUUAGAACCAGGAACACCACAAAACUCUUCGGAAAUAAUGAUGGAUCAAGCAUCUGCUAACUCUGGACAACGAUCACAGCGAAAGCGAAAUCUUCCAAAGUGGUAUGAAAAUAUGGUCUUGGAUGAUAAUUUGAUGAUGGGUACUGCUGGUCGGGGUAACCGAACUCCCGUGAUUGCUUCACCCGUCGCAGCGAAUCGAAAAUUAUUGCAUAGUGGUCCAUCUUCAGAGGUUGCUGCUCAAGUCAAGCCAGUCAUGAAAUUACAAAAGAUGGAUACUGGUGGUGGAAAAACCACCGAACCUCCGCGAAAAGUCUCAAAAUCAGCUAUAUCAGAAUCACUAUCGACAAAAACUUCUGAGAUGAGCCCAAAAUUAUUACCACAAAAAGCUCAAGCUCGAAUUAGAAGGCCACCACCAUCUAAAGAUUUGGAUGACCAUCCAAUGUCAAUAAACAGAUCCGUCGUAAAAGAGGUCAAAACACAGAAAGCGGUGGCCAAGAUUUCCCCCAUGAAAGAAAUUACAACAAGUGAUAAUGUGGCAAGUCUUGCUGCAAAAAGUAAUGGAAACAAUUCAAAGGGUCCUAUGGAUGAAGUACAGUCCAGCACGGCAAUUCCCCCAUCAGCACCAUCAACAAUUCAGUCCCCAGACUUAACCCAUGCCAGUACUGAAAUUGAUGUCAAUAAUACAGCGGAACUAUCUUCGACACUGACUGAAGGAGAAAAUCAGACAGAUAGCAUUGCAAAAUCGGAACGUAAACCUGUUUGUACUCCUAAUGUGCCCGGCGACAAUUCCAACACUGCACCAGGGCAGAAAAUUAUUUCUCCUCCAAUUCAGAAUAAUACAGAUACGGUUGCCAAAAGUACUACAGAAGCUGCACCAACCUUAAAACCUCAAAAGGUUGACGAAACUUCUACCAUUGUGAAGAUUACAGGGAUUAAUAGUGGUCACAUAGCUUCAAGUAUUACCACAAUCACUGCAAUUACUACACCUCAAAUCCAAAGAGUUUCUGAAUCACAAAAGAAAGUGAGCGUAAAAGCCCUGCCACCAGUGGGGAAGGGGAAACCCACUACUAAACGAAGCGAUUCCAAUCGUACGAUUUCCGAUCAAACUCGUGAUUUAAACUCAAAUGGAUCUGUGAAGCAAGUUGUAUUAAUUGCAGCUCCUAAAACGCCACAACCUAUACUUAAAACAGCUCCAUCAUCGUCCAACUCACUCUCUGUUAGUAGCUCCGGACCAACUACACGGAAAAGAAAAUUGGAGGAUGACAAUAACGGAAGUAAGACUGUGUCACAAGAAGAAAUUCCCAAGACGGACGCAAAUGGAGCUAAAAAAUUGAUAGAACCAGCAAAGCGGACACGACAAUCAAUCGUAGCGAUGCCUCCUAUCAAAAAAUCGCAGCAAACGUCAAAGCCAAUUUCUGAAAUUAAGCAAGAGAAGACUUGCGAUCCAGUUGAUGGCACAACUAGUGGCGUCAUGAAUGGGUUCGGAUCUCCAGUAACACCAGGGCUAAGCCAAGCUUUUGUUGGAAUGCCUAGAUUACAAAAUCAAAGUGGACUUCCUAUUAUGGAAGAUUCAGAUAACAGUUCGGAUGACGAAGAUCCCACCUCAACCGCAACACCAAACUCUAGCCGCUCUUCAAGACCAUACAUUAAAGAGACGGUUAUUCGCUUCCUUGAGAAUAAGAUUUCAAAUCGCAAUAUGCUUCGAAUUCGCGAAGAAUUGAUGACAUUAAAACAAAGUGGCAACUACUUCAAGCUGACCAAAACUGCUCCGAUGGCUGCCGGUCUUGUGCAUGACAUGUUUUGUCAAUAUUUUGGUACUCACGAUCCUGUUGAGGAUGAAAUGCAAUAAUCCAGAUUUUUGUUACUAUAAAACUAUGUAUUUAGAGCAGUUAGAAGCAGAUCACAUUCCGAUUGAUUAUUUUUUUGUUUUAAAAAUAAUAGUUCAAGUUUAAACUAAACAUAUAUGAAAAAGAUUAGAAUGUGAGUAUGCUAAACGUAAUAUUAUGUAUAGCUGAACAAGGUGGCACGACGCUUCAAUUGAACUAGUGUUUAAAUAAGUAGUACUUUGAGUAAUGCGUAUUAAUGUGAAUUGUAGUUUGUUUUGUCAACUAUUGAGUGUCAUUCAAUUUUUUGCGAGUCUUACAAGAUGACUGAUGUAUUAAUUAAUUAUAUUGAUCACAUUUGCAUGUAUACUGAAUGUGAAAUUAUGAAUUAGUGUUUUCUGUUGUGCAUUUGCAAUUGCACACACUAAAAUUAAGACCUCAAAUUACACAGAAAUUUAUAGUAUUUAGCUGGUAAUUUUAUACCUACUUGUACGCCUUAAUGCUUGCUGUCACUUACAUAAGUAUGUAAUACCACGUGUAUGGCAAAGAGUGAUUUUAUGUGUUAAUAAAGAGACAUAACAUGUAUAAUCUUUAACUGAGAA